AGCAAUUGGCGCAGAGGGCUGAACGAGUAAGACGGGGAGAGUGGCAACGAGAGAAAGGAACCUACCGAACAGAAAAAAAAACCGAGCUGCUGGCGACCGAGAACCUUGCGCGCCACCACCCCUGAAGAUGGACGGAGUCGGCAUUGACCACCACUUCCACCGCCAACAACAACAUCAUCAUCGCCUCAAUCAUGGGCACUUUGCAGCGCAACAAUUGCCAUCGAAAAGCCCUCGCAAACGCAAGGCGGAAGCUCCGCCGGAGAACAAUGAACGCCUCUCCAAACGGAUGAGUUUGUUGAAUCUCGAACAAUCCGGCCAGAAGCUCUACGUCCCCGUCGAGAAUCCCGACUCGCAGCCCCCGCAACCCGCUCCCUCCAAGGGCUCGCGCCGCCACAACAAGCAUGCCUUACAGGAUGACAGCCAGAUGCAGCUCGACGACACCAAGUACAAGGUGUACAUCUACAACAUCGACGACGAGCUCUCCUCGUCGGACAACGAGGACGGCGCGGACGAGGGCAAGCUCGUCUUCCUCCCCGACAUCGACAAGCACCUGCGCAACACGCGCAUCCCCACGCGCGUGCUGAACCCCGGCCGGCCGGACGAGUCGUCGUCUGCGGGGAAGGAGCUCGUGCUCUACCAGGUGCCCAGCUCCAUCUCGAUUCCCGAGGAGCAGGACAGCGUCCGAAAGGCGAUCAUGGAGGCGCGGGAGAGGGCGCGGGAGAGGCAGCGGCUCGAGCGGGAGCAGGAGCGGGAGCGCCAAGCGAGGGCUGGCGGCGAAGUGCCGGCCGUGCCGCAUGCUGGCGGGAACAUCUCGUCAUCGCCGGUGUCGGGUCUGACAGCUUCGGAUUUGACAGCUGAGCCGCUGAGGGCCCGGGCCUCGGGAGAUGCAGCCACGCCUGCGACUUUGCCUUCGCCCGUGGACGCCGACAUGUUUUCGGGCUUACAGAGGGCUGAAGAUCCCGAUGCGAUGGAACUUGAUUAAGACUGAAAAGGGGGGAAUGCAUCAUUCGCUUACGUCGGACUGCUUGGGGAUGGAAUUGAUCAUCUUUCGGAGCUUACGCAGGGCACGAAAGAAUUAAGGUGCAUCAUGGAACGGUUUGCUUUCAGCGCGGCGUUCAGGCCGGGGGUAAGACUUGCAAUGUCGGCUACUUUGCUGACACUCGGAGUUCUUGGAUAUUGG